AUGGAGCCGAUCCCCGACGCCGAUAAGUCGGCGCCGACUUCGGAUGACUUUCCCCUUCGACACCGAAUGGGUCGCGGUCUCAGCUUCACCUUCGAGUGGGACGACUUCGCCGCCCUUCGCGACCACAAGAAAGAGUUCACCGAGCGAUGCUUGGGAUUCGGCAUCAGGACCUCGAUCCGGCACAUCGACCCGCAUACCGGAAAGGGUUUGCACCGCGACGAGGCCGUCCGGGUGCUGAAGCUAUUCCGCACGGCUGUCCUGGCCGAGCUGGGGCGUCCCGGUAGGAAGUGGGACGAGGCGCCGCCAUCACAAGCAGUGGUGGAGGACAGGCUUGCCGACUGCGACCACCCUAUCCGCGACAAAGUGCCAGACACAGUGUCGGACGAGAAGGUCGGCACCAGCAUGCUUGCCGCGACGUCGUUCGGGUGGGUGGCCAAGCAGAUUGACCUGCUGACGGGCGAGAAGGGUCAUAGUGGGGAGGAGGCGGCAUGCGAAGGUGGGAAGGUGUCGGUCGACGCCGGCGAAGGGGCGAACACCACGGGCGUGCAGGAGACGGGGGAAGCUUCUGGUCGGCAGGAUCCUGAGCUGGACGACGUCGAGCAGGUGCGACGGGAGAACUGGCUGUUGAGGGCGGAGAACGCUCGGCUGGCGACGUUGCUCGAUGCGGAGCAGGCUCGGCUGGACCGUUUUUUUGUUGGGAUACGUGGACUCGUCGACCACGUGAAAGUGUUGGCCGAGCAGGUCGACGACACCGAGAAGUAUGCGGCGGAACAGCUGCGAAACGCGACUGCGGCCAUGUCGAAGACCAUCACGGGCGACAUCACCGGCAGCUUCGACGAAGCGUGGAAGGCGAUGAAGACCUUCGGGGAACAGGCGUCGGCGUGGUUGGAGGACUUCGACAACCCGGAGGGUCGUGUGGCAUAUGCACGCGCGGCAGCGGUCAACGCCUUGGCCGAUCACGUGACUGGGGAGGUGGGCAAAGCGAAGCGGGGUUUGGAGCAGUACAUCACGACGCAACUAUCCGCCGCGCAGGUCAACAUCGCCACCGCUGUGACCGCCAGGCUCGCCGUGCCGCCGCCGCCACCGCCUCAUCCCACGCCGCCCGCCCUCCCGGAAGAGCUAUUGAAGUCGUUCAAGGCCGACAUCAUGAAGGCGGUGACGGAGGCCACCCAGCAGUCUUUCGUUGCUUCCGGGAUGAAGAUGAUGGCCGAGAUGUUCGGCACUGUGGCGCCUAGUCGACGUGGCUCGUCGCCGUCGGCCAAUGACGCCGAUCACGCGCAACGGAAGACGGCCGACAAGCAGGGCCUGAAGAGGACGGGCGACGGAGACGACAAGGAGAGCGCGAAGGGCGACGCGAAGCGGAGCAAGGGAUCGGACGGGAGCCGCGGCUCGAAGCCUGCGGCACAGAGCGUGGUCGACCAGCUGAAGGCGAAGGCGGGGUGGAGGGCGAGCGGUGGGAAAGGCGUGACCGACAAGGAGGUCCCGACUGCUCAGGCGGCGAAAGAUGGCGGCGCCGGAACCACCAAGGGACCGUCCGUCGCGGUGGCGGCCAAGGGCAACGCGAAGGCUGCUUCUGCUACGGUCGCCGGCACCACCAAGUCGAAUCCCCGUAACCCCCCUGCGGCUACUAGCGCGCCGGUCGGCCAGUCAGGUGCGAACAAGGAUGGGGAGGCCCGUACGGCCCCUCCAGCUCCAGGAGCCCCGGCUGCCGCCAAGGGCGACGCGAAGGCUGCUUCGGCUAAGGGCGAUGCUCCGGCAUCAGCUAAGGGCCCCCCCGGUGGUGACGCGCUCAGGGAGUUGCUCCGCCGCAUGGAGGCACAUAGCAGGGACGUGCAGCAGCAUCCCGUGGUUGACGCCGGCCAAGCCGGAACAGCACGUCGCUCCGUCACUCCGCAGGUUGCCGGCACAUCGUCCGGUGCCCCACCUGCCACGCAUCCAGUCGCCGCCCCACCGCCUGCGGACCCCAAGUCCACGUUUCUUCGCGCCCAUUUAGGCGCACGCAAAGCGGCAGCUCCACCGGUGACCCAGCCUGAACCCGGCAAACGCGCGACGACGACGUCGGUAAACGCGACCGCACCCUCACCAGGUGCAGCUGUGGUCGAUGCGGCGACGGAGAAGGGAGUGAGCGCAGCGCUAGCCACCGGCGGCCGCGCCGACAAGCAUGCCGAACUCGCUGCCGUCCUGGCCCAUUUUGAAGCAGCAAAACGCCCUGAGCACGCCCCUGCUCUGGCCAUCAUGGACACGGCGCAUGUGGAGCCGUCGGCGACCGACGGUGGGGGAUCGGCGGAGCCGACGGCUGCAAUGGGUGCUGUCGCCGAGAGAAAUGCGGGAGGGAAGGGGAAGGUCGACACCGGGAAAGGGAGGGCGGUCUCUCAGAGGAGCACGCGGGCGAUGUCGGCGGGGAUGGAGAUGUCGGAAGAGAAUCAGGACAAGACGGGCAGCAAGGGUAAGCCGGCGAAGAAGAAGGAGAAGGCGGAGGAGGAGGACGAGGAGGGCGGCGAGGUAGAUAAAGAGCAUGGACGCAGGGGUCAUGGCAUCCGCCAUGACAAGUCCGGCGACCGGCUUGGGUGGGUGGGCGAGAUUAAGGUAAACGGACAGAAUCGAUACAUCGGCAAGUCGAGGGAGAAGAUGGAGCUGGCCUACGAGCACGCGAUUGCGUACUUCCUCUACGACGGCUACGUGAGCAAGGUGCUCAUGAAGGAGCUCACCGUCUUGAAGCCGGGGGAGUUGGAUAAAUGGAAGGAGGUGUGGGAGGAGGUCAAGUUCUUACCGACUGGGUUGUGGACGGUGAUGUGGGCCAGAGGCUUGUGCCAUCCGAGAGCAAGGUUCGACGAUAUACUCGACAGGUACCGUGGGUACGCGAGGUCGGGUGUUGCGCUUCAUGAGGUGCUCUGGCCGGCGACCUGGUUCCCCAUCAUCGAAAACACGGCGGAAGGCAAGGAGGAGACGGAGGCUCUCCUGUCGGCGAUGGUAAAUCGCGUGUCGAUGAGCGCGGCGUAUGGGAAGGUCGCGGCGAGCGCGGCGUUUGGGAAGGUCGAUGCGAUCGAGGAGGGGAAGGCGGGAGAGAAAACGGAGAUGGAAGGCGCGGGGGGGAAGGCGGACGAGAAGACGGAGAUGGGGGCCCAGGCGUUAGCGGCAUCUGCAUGCGCCCUCUGGUGCUUCGUGGAGACGGGGGCGUCGGUGCUCGGUGCUGUGGGCGAAGGGAAGGCGGCGGCGAUGGUGGCAGGUGCGGGGGAGGAGAGGGCCGAGGCAUUCAAGAAGGUGAUGCACGCGGUGAUAGACUUAGUCUCAGAAUGA